AAUAGAGAAAAAAAAAAAACGAUCAAGAACAUUUAUACCACGUGAUAUUAAAAUGAAAGUAUUAAAACUUGUCAAUAAAUAUCCAUAUAUGAAACUACCAGACAUUCAUCUAUCAACUGGAUAUAAUAGUAUAACUUCUCAACAAAUAAAUAUGUGGAAAAAUCAAUUUGACUAUAUUGAUUCAAGUGAUGAAUCAAAUAACAUUGAUAACAGAAGAAUAAUUAAUGUUGACGUUUACAAUAAGUGUGUUGAACAGUCAAAUAUUAAUUGUAAAUUUAAUGAAAGACAAUUAAAACUAUGGGCACUUGAAGCAAAAGAAAUACGUUUUAAAAAUGAUUUAACAUUUCAAUUUGUUCCUGAUGAUAAAUGGCUUGAUACAUUUAAAAUUGAUUAUUCUAUUCUUGAAGCUGGCAACAAUGAAAUGUAUGUAAUUCCAAAAAAAUUAACUGAUCAAGAAUUACGUGGAUACAUGGAGCCUUGUGAUGUAGAAAUUGAUUUAGUUGAAGAAGUUAAAAAUGUUGAUCAAGUUAAUAAUGAUAGUAAGCAAGAAGAAAAAAUUACAUUAAAACCAAAUAAUAUUGUUGGUAUUAAUAUGAAUAAUAUUGAGAUGAUUAAUAUGAAUAAACAAAAAAUUUUGAGAGAAGAAAAUUUUGCUCAAAUUUUAAGUAAUGUUGAUGAUUUUAUUGAUGAAGAUAAUGUUGAUCCUCUUCAAACAGUUGAUGUUGAUAAUCAUUUGAUCAAUGAAGUACCUGAAUCUGAAAUUAAUGAAAAUGCUUUGAAUAUUUAUACUUACAGUAAAUGCCAAGAAUUUAGUGAAAAAAAAAUUAAAUUUGGUGAUAAAGAGAUACGAGAAUGGGCUAUUGAUGCAGCUAAACUUUGUGCUCUUCCAUCAUCUGAAUGCUCUGACUUUAAACCAUCAGAUGAUUGGAUAAAUAAAUUUAAAAAAACAAAUGGUAUUGUUGGAGAACCAUGGGAUCUUCGAGUCGUUGAAAAUGUAAUCGAUAAUUCUGAAAAAUCUUAUGACAGUAAUCAAAAUUUGUUGGAUCUUCAAAUGAAUGAUACUGAUGAUGAUGAUGAUUUUUUUAAAAGUUUAGAAACUCCAAGUUGUUCUUUUACAAAUUUAAACAUUGAAAAAGAUAAUAAUAAAGUUAAAAAUAAUUGUGAUCAAGCCAACAAACUUGCUGACAUAAAUGGAAAUUGUUUAGAUCUUUCAACUAAAAAAAAUAGCUCUUCACUUGAUAAAAAUAAAAAUAAUAAAGUUGAAUUAGUUGAUUUAACUAUAGAUGAUGAUGAUGAUAAUUCAUUUGCCUGGAGAAAUGGUGCGUUUAAUAUCAAGACUGAUGAUGUUAAUAGUGAAACAAUAUCAUGGGAAUCAAAAACACUUGGUGAAGAAAUAUAUUUAUCAAUAAUUGAAAUAUUACGUAAAAAGCCAUUAUUUGAUGGUGAUUGGGUACUUGAUACACCUGAUAAUACAAAUUGUGAAAUAAUUAAUAUUGAUGACAAUAAUUAUGAUGCUACUCUAAAUUCUCAUCAACGAAUUACUAAUAAAAAUACAGAUGUCGUGAUUGGCGUUGAUCGUAAAUCUGACAAUAAUAAACAUUGUGAUACUAUUAAUGCUGAUGAUGAUGUUGAAGAAUUUGAUCCAGUUGGUGGUGAUGAUGAUUUGAGUAUUGAUCAAGAUAGUACACAUGAAGAUGAUAAUGAUAAACUUGAUGUUCAAGAUGAGCCAAUGUUAAUUGAUGAUAAUCAAAUUGAUAGUAUUGAGACUGUAUGCCUAGAUAAUGAUGAUAUAAUUGAAAAUAAAAAUUCAACAUCUUUAACAGCUGAUGUUAUUGAUAAUGAAGAAUUUGAAACUGAAUAUUUAACAAAUGAUGAUGUUAAUUCUGUUAAAAAUUCAUGUGUCAUCAAUGAAUUGAAUGACAAGAACCAGUACAACAACAACAACAACAACUAA